UGCUUGGGAUCAAGAGUAUAAGGCAAAAAAUUCCAUUUUGAGGUUUUGGUAUCAAUGGUUAGAACUUUUCAUGCUCUAUCGAUUGGGCUCAACAGAACAAGUCAUGUCUCUCUCGUUCAAUUUCUAUUGGUGAUUGAACUUAACAAUACAAUUCAAAAGUUUCUAUCUUUGCUAGGUAGUAUCAGUAUAAGUCAUUUUGUACUGUUGAGGGCAAAGUCAAUUCGAUAAAGCUCGAUAGGGAACAACAGUAUAAGUCGUGUUAUACUGUAGGGUCUGUGAGUGGAAGUUUUUCUGUAUUCAUAGAUGGCGCGACUUGUACUAUUAGCACCUAUAGUCGGCUGUGACAUCAGAGAUCCAACGUGCUACUCCCCAUUGAGAAAGUUUGGUUAGUUUUUAAUUUUUGACAUUAUUCUUCAAUGCUUAUUAUUUUUUGAUGUAUCAAGUUAGUAAUCUCCAUGGAUAUUCAACAAUUGAAGUUUUUGUCAAGCCGAGGAAGAAAAAUUCAGCAGCUACUGAAAACAAAUACUCCACCAGAGUCUGAAUCAGCUUCUAAGAUUCCAAACGAAACAAUUGAUAACAAUAGUGGACAAGACUUUUCGCAAGAGGCUCCUCCAGUCAUCCAGAAUGAAAUACCGGUAAUCACCCCAGUACCAGAGAGCCAGGAUGAAAUGAUUAAUCCAUUUGUUGCCAAUGAUUCACAGUCUGUCCAUGAUGUCAAUAUUUCCAGUUCACCACUACAGUUAAAUGAAAUGUAUAUAGAAUACUAUGUUGUUGCUGAGGAAUAUGGAGAUAUUGACUCAGAAGCGCAAUCACUGACAUACACAGUAUUAACAACAAAUAGCAACUUACAGCCAGCCCAUGAUGGAAGUAUUCACAGUGUUCCACAGACAAAUGAAAUGGAUAUUUCUGUUGGUAUGUAUGAAAAAGGCAAUUUUUCCCCGAAUAAAUUAACCAUUUAAACAAUCUAACUCUUGAAUCAAUCUGAGCUAAUAAUACAACUUGACCAUAUACUAAACUUGAUACUUGUAAUGUUUCAUAUAAGUUACUUGAUCCAAAUCCAUGACUGAAUCAUAAACUACUAUCUUAACAGAUUGAAAUCAAACUGUU